CGAGACAAGGACGCAAAGAAAAUUUUCGUUUUCCCACGUACACGUACGCUACAUGUGUAGGGCCAUUGAUCAGGUUCCGUUUUACUUUUACCCCUACGCCUGUGUUUCGUGAAUACCGAUUUCGAGGGUAGUAGCUCAGUUUGACUGAUGACGCUCGCCAGUUGACGCCAAGAGAUAAGAGUGAGAAAUUACGCAAGAGUGUUAUUACUGAUACAGAAGGAAUAACUUGCUGACAGAUAGAGGACUACGAGAAACUUGGGUAGGUGACGUGGAGGGUGAGAGAGAGGGUGAAAGACAACCAAAAAUCGUCAGCAAUGGAAACCUUGGUCCGUGAAUCUGAGAGCUUCGAGUGACUGCCAGCAGCCAAUUUACGAGGGAAAAGCUCUCGGCUGAAGUAGCCAAGAAGGAGAAGAGCCGAAAAACAAUGACACCACGCUCGUGCCGCGGCGAGAUAGAGCGCAAGAGGUUCAGGUUCAAGCGAAAGUCGCCCUGAUCGCUAUAUAUACUAUUGGACACGUUAUCUACCUACGUGUGCUCGAGUUUUUCUUUGCCUUCAAUUUGAUACCAGCUUGGCCAGAUCUGGACCGUGGGCCACCGUAGCGAUUCCACUCAGGUAAACCCACGGCAGCAGCCAAAAGCGCCGAUAAGCCCCGAGGAAGAAACUUGGGGAGCAAACAAUACGCUCGAGUCCGAGCACCCGAUUGUACACUUAUACACGCCGAGCAAGUGUCGAACGAGAGCAGAGAGGAAAAGUCAUAGUGUACGGUCGACGGUAGUGAAAAGAGGGAGGGAGAGAGGCCCGAGGCGCGUUAUCUCGGCGAGGGUUUUAAGGCGGCAGCUCGUCGCUCGUCACCUCAGUUGUUAAUCGGGUGUCCUCGAGGGCGCACGGGACCGUUCAAAAAAUCUUCUCGAGUGCGCGCGGGAUUCGCUCCUCGGUUUUUGGUGAGGCAUCAAGCGAGACGUCGCUCGUCGCUGCACUGACUGGUACUCGAUCGUUUUUCGGAAUCGAGCCAAGAGGGGGAGAACGUGUUGGAGAGAGGAUUCGAAGAAAAAAACAAGGGGCGAGGGUGGAAAAGGAGCAGGGAAGAGGGAAGAAAGGUCGGAGCUGCAACAAAUGAACACAGUGGAGCCUGGACGGCGGCAAGGAUCACGAGAAAGUGCGGGACGACCGAGCAGAGGCUCGCAGCGCGUUGGGAGCGCGUCUUGGCUGAGGAAAGUCACGGCUAAGGAGUCCUACGGCCUAGCGGCCCAAUUCUUCACCGAUCGCUUCUUUACUACGGGAUACUUCGACGUAAAAGGAUCUCGAGAUGGGGCUCGACUUCUUGGCAGACGGAGGUGCCGACUUCGAGCACGCGAUCACCGUCACAGGAUUUGGGAAAUUCCACUUUAUGCUGCUGGUUGUCAGCGGCUUGAUCUAUAUGGACACAGCUAUCGGGGUAACAAUUCUAUCAUUCGUUCUGCCAGCUGCCCAAUGCGAUCUUAAGAUGGACUCAACAUCAAAAGGCUGGUUGACGGCAUCACCGAUGCUAGGAAUGGUUAUCGGUUCCUACAUAUGGGGGUGUCUGGCUGAUACCAAGGGUCGCAAAAUCGUACUCAUCUCGACCCUACUGAUGGAUGGUAUCGUCGGCAUCUUGUCAUCCUUUGUACAGUAUUUCUGGGUGUUCCUAGUAUUCCGUUUCUUCAAUGGUUUCGCUGUAACUGGAGCCAUGGGACUCAUUUUUCCAUACUUGGGUGAGUUUCAGCCAACCAAGUACCGCGAAAAGAUCCUCUGCUGGAUGGAAAUGUUCUGGACGGUCGGGGUCAUUGUGCUGCCACUGAUAGCUUGGCUGAUAGUGCCUCUAAACCUGUCGUCGUAUGUGUCGGCGAGCUACGACUUUAAGUCGUGGAAUCUCUUUGUGGCAGUGUGCGCUCUGCCUUCACUCAUGCUUGGGCUCUGGCUGUUUGCCUUCCCCGAGAGUCCAAAGUUCCUGCUGGAGUGUGGCGAUACCGAUGCUGCCCUCGAAGUCUUCAAAUGGAUCUACACCCAGAACACAGGAAACGAUCCCGAUACCUAUCCGGUUAAAUCCCUUCAGGAGAAGCCCAACUCUAAGGACAAAAGCACAAGGUCCCUCAAGCUACACAAGAGGAAGGACCUGAAGGUUCUUGUCGCUGAAGUCUGGGAUCUCACCAAGCAGUUGUGCAAGCCACCAUACCUGAAGAACACCCUUCUGGCCUGUGGUAUCCAGUUUUGCCUGACCAGCAGCUACUACACCCUUAUGGUCUGGUUUCCGGAAUUGUUCAAUAGAUUUGAAGAAUUUGAAGUAUUAUACCCCGGUAACACAACAUCGGUCUGCGUCGUAUCCGAAAUAUCCGAAGGUACAGUUGAUGCAGAUCCUUUCGGCUGUGAUACAAAUAUUGCCGAUUCAGUUUAUCUACAUACCGUAUUUAUCGGACUUGCCUGCUUGCCGGGCUCCAUCGUACUUCCGCUUCUGGUACACAAACUCGGAGCCAAGUUCUUUCUCAUUGUAUCUCUAUUCGUUUCUGGAUGCGUGACCGUUGGAUUCUAUUACGUGGUGAAUGCGACGCAGAAUCUAGUAUUAUCAUGUGUUUUUGAAGCCCUCACGUCUCUGGGAAUAUCCCUAGUGUAUUGUGUGAUCGUUGACAUGUUCCCAACUAAUCUCAGAGUAAUGGCAGCAGCAUUAUCAUUGACUAUGGGCCGACUGGGCGCUUUAGUGGGUAAUCUCGUAUUCGGUUACUUGAUCGAUCUGGCCUGCGUUGUCCCCAUCGUUUUGUUUGCUUCCUUUUUAUUCAUAUGCACUUUCCUGUCGUGCUUCUUGCCAAAGACUGGAAAGGAGACCCUCGACUAAGGAGAAACAAUACUGCACUCACGCUUCUCCGCCAGAGUCUUCGCACCAAUCGUUAACUAGCAGAUCUUCCGUACGAGCGUGGCCUCUUGGCGUUAUACUGUUAAAAAUCGAGCGUCUACAUUAUUUUAUACUUAUGUGCAUGUAUAUUUUUAUACGAAGGUAUAUGCUGAUGAGCUCGUCGAUAACGUUAAGGAAGGGUCACGCAAUUCUCAACGAGUAUUCGCUAUGUGCUAGCCGUAUAUUUUUCCUCUGUACGCGUAUCCGCAUAUUGUUCGCUGAAAGAAUGUUCAAAAUGUGCGAGAUGCAGUUUUUUAGAACCAAUGACCGGUUUGGAUGCUGAUUUUUGAUCGUUUGCCUGCGACAAGUCGAGACAUUAAGGAUAUGUUUGUGGAAUAAAAUGGAAGGAUCUUUGAGCCACACAUUUGUUUUAGCUCGCAAAGUUCCUUGACAAUGAACAUUGAUGUUGUUUCUCAUUAAGAAAAGUAUUUUCACAAAGCUCGCUUACCGUAAUCAGCUUAUUUAUUAGUUUCACCGUUUUGAGUAACAAAUCGUAAUUAUGUAUUUCUUUUUUUUUUUUUUUUUUUUUGAUAGACUUAAUAGAUGCAUUGUUUCUUAAUCAAGUUUAUAAAGUGCCGUAUUGUCUACGUGGAUGUGCCUUUUUACAAGUGCCUAUAAAACAAAAUUAUCUCAAGAAGAUACAAAAAAAAAAAAAAAAAACACGACCAAUGACGUACACCCUACCAUUAUUUUGUUUAGUCGACAAUUCUUAAAACUAUACUCGUGUGAAUGAAUACUUUUUGAAACGAAAUAUCAAAGUAUUAAAACAAGCAAAUAAAAUGGGGUGGGGGUAGUUCUCUUGCAAAUCAAGCCGGGUGACGGCUUUAAAUUUGUUUCAAAAAGCUGUCGUCCUUUCAGUUCUCGCUUUGCUUUUAGCUAAUUUUUGUUACAUACAUAUAAUAUAUUAUCUAAAAUUUAUCGCUGUACAUACGUUAUAUUUAUAAUCGUCCCCUUGUGUACCUACUUUGUCCGGGGAGAAGGAGUGCGUAAUAACACGAGAAAUCCGAUCUCGCAGUCUAUAUAUACAUUAUGCAUAGUUGAUCAAUUCACACGUUGUUAUUGUUACUGCUGUAUAAAUACUAGUUAAGCCGUUACCGAUGUACAUUAUUUCCUUCAUAUGUGAGCCUAUAGAGAAAUGCAGGGCGUUAUUUUUUAAUCCAAACGAUAGACUAAAACAUACGCUUUUGAAGUACCUUUUCGUACGCGUGUACGCCAGGGCAUAGUUUUACUUAGCAAGUCGUUGCUGGUAGUUAAACAUAAAGAGAAAAAAAAAAUUGAUUGCUUCGCAAAGUCGAUAGUUUUACUGUCAAGUAGACGUUAUUUUUCUGCGAUUGAACGUAUCUUAAUUAUUAAAAUUUACUAAGGAACGACUAAGGAAGCGGUAGAUAAUAUAUGUUUGACGGAUCAUCGAUGAGAUUACAGAGAAACUGUUGAUGUCGAUUUCAACCAUAAUUUUUUCGAUGUAGUAGUUUUUUUUUAGAAAAAAAAACAAACAUUUUAAUUAAAUUUAUGUAUGUAUCUUAGUUGCGCUUGUAUUAUCGAAAUGUAUGUGUCUAGUGUAUAAACAAUUGAAAUAUAUGUUGACAAUAACUGAAAUUUAUAAGGAUUAAUAAUAAUAUUUUACAUACAUAUAAA